AUGAUGCAAACCCUCGAAACACGAAUUCCUAGCACCUUUGUAGGAUACAUGAAUGGCGAUCUGCUCUUCCACUCUGCUUCUCUUCUCUCCAGUCUGGACUUCAUCGCCUCGUCCUUUCUACCCGAUCACCCCAAUGUCAUGAUCAUGGGGCGGCGAUAUAAUCGAGAUAUGUCCUUGGAAGAUGAUUGGUCGAAAUAUUCUUCUUUUGAUUUUGACCGCGUCAUCGAAAACGAAAUAGCGUUCAGCGAUUUGUUCAUCACGGUAGCGCAGGACUACUUCAUCUACACGCACCAAACAUUGAAUUAUCUCGCCAUGGAAGACGUUGUGAUUGGUCGAAACGGAAUUGACAAUUAUCUGCUCGAUUUUUGCAUUCGCAAUCAGAUCGCUUUAAUCGAUGCCAGCGCGGCCAUUUUCGUUCUUCAUCAAACCGACGCGGAUGGAAACUGGGCAGGCUCGCGCGAGUCGCUCGACCGCGAUUGGAACUUGCGGAUUGUGCAGGAUUCGCUUGUUUUUGACUCGCUCAGCCAGGCUCCGUUUCAAUUGAAUCGACACGAAGAUGGAUCGCUGAGUCUUCAUCGCUAUCGGAAGGCAGAUAACGUGUAUUCGCGGGAAGAAAUGGAGUUCAUUAGCAAGUUUCUUCCCGCAGGUGCUGAUCGUUUGGAUUGUUUGUUGGACUCAGAACAAGGGUGUUUGUAUUAUGGAAAGGGACUGUUUGUUCCAUUUUUUGAAGGCCGGUGCGAUCGGUUUGACGUGUUUUUGUACGAUAUCUUCCAGAAGAAGUACGCCGGCACGUUGGAGAAAACGAAUGUUGCUCCGAAGCAGAGUUCGUGUAUGAACUAUCGCUCGUAUCUCACGCUCCCUACCAAGCGGGCUGUUUUUUAUGACGUGGUGAUCAUCGACGGGCUUUGCAGACAGUAUUCUGCGUUUUACGUGCUUUCUCGGCUGAAACGAAGCGACUCUCCAGUGCUGAUCCGCGGAUUGGAGCUGUUCCAAUACCGGAAUCUUUCCUCCUUUAUUGAGAAGUAUUAUGACAAGAUUGAGUGCUUGGAACCCUUUCCAAACACGGAGGGGUUCGAUUAUGUGGGGUUUUGUGCCUAUCGAGCGAAGCCUGCUGGGAAACAACCCUCCGAGAGUCUUCCAUUAUGGUGGUAG